AUGGUCUUACCGGCAAUCUCGACAAAAGCUCUUCAUGAUAGGGGAAUCCACACUUUCGUUGAUGAUGAGGAGCUUCAGGGAGGAGAGGAAAUAACACCAGCACUUGUGAAGGCAAUUGAAGAGUCCAGGAUUGCCAUCCCUUGUGCAACAAGGAAUUCAAUGAUAAAGCUCCAGGGAAAGAAGGUUCUUCUGAUUCUAGAUGAUGUUGACGAGCACUGGCAUAUACAAGCUAUUGGUGAGAGACCUUAUUGGUUUAGUGUUGGUGUUUGA